AUGGGACCAGCCACGACUUCGUCAUCACCCGCUGGCGAGCCGGGGUUUCUCAGCCGCCUCAUUCGUCGCGCUUCGAUGCGGCGGAGCAACGGUAGCAUAGCUGCCAUUAAUAACUUUGAGGAUGCUUCCGCAGCUGCAGCAGGAAGGGGAGCUCCGCCCACGAACACGGGUCCGUCGCCUGGCGGCGCCAGCGAGGUACAGGGCACUGCACCUAGCAGACGGGCGGAUGAUGUCUAUGCACUGCGGCGGCCCGUUGACACAGUGAGAAGCAAGCUUCAUAAGAUCGAUGAGGGCUCGGCAGCGUCGCCCUCGUCCGCCCCAAAAGAAGCUCCUCUCCCCGCUCCCGUCGUUGUAGACGACGGCCUCCCCCUGCGCAAAAAGUUUAUGUUUCGCCAUCAGUCCCUGCUGCUGACAAAACCGACUGCUACUCCUGCUGCCACCACCACCAUGGCACUGCCCUCAACCAUGCAAUCGACGAAGUUGCGAUCCAAACCCAGCUUUCGAAAUCGCUUCUGGGCCGCCUCAUCAUCAAAUGACUUUGGCAACGACAUUGACAACAAGGGAAACGUCGCCGCCGCAAAAUCGACGACGCCACGCACGGCCUACGUGCCCCGCCACGCGGCCUCUGACUUCUCCGAAACGACGGCAGCUAACCGUCGUCACCACCGAGCCGUGUCGCACGACAGUGCCACGGACGACGAGAGGAAUCGACAGCAGCAGGAUGUGAAGUGUAUUGAUGCGCGGAGGCGGAGUCACGGCUCGCAAUAUGAAGCGAUGGCGCACCGCGGCGCGAGUUUCCAUGCGAGGGUCGCGGCCGGACGCAAGCGCGAGAACGAAAAUCCGUUCCUCGUUGCGUCAGAAAAGGCGCUGGCCGGGGCAGCCUCACAGCCGUUCAAUGCAACCAAGGAGGGGGAAGACACUUUCACCGACUACGACCGCUUUGUGGCGAGGGCGCACGCCGAGGAGAUGGCCAUGCGCGUCAACGCCGUGCGGCGCAAACGGCGGGAGAGCAAGCGGGACAGCGCCUGCUACUCUGGCAAGAGGGACAGCCCCCGCACGAGCGACGAGGAAAGUGGCAGCAGCUCGAUUGACGAUGCCAUCGUCGUCAAGAGUCCCGGGAUCGUACACCCGAUCGCUGGGCCGGGCUUGAGGCGGCAGAGCAGCAUCGUUGCACAGAGGAUUUCCCAGUACAUCAGGCCGCCGAGAGAAGAGGCUGUGGUGAGGGUUGAGAGACCUGUGGGCCGAAUGGGAAUUGUGAGGGAGGUUUGA